AUAUAGCCGCGAUGCGGCCGCAGCCCCGCCCCGCGGACUUCAGCAAGGAAACUUCCAGCAGCACCUUCGUUACACGAGUCCAGCAGCCCCACCAUGUCUUUCAUCCAGGCCUUCCUGCAGCAGACCGUCUAUCUGGGCCUGCCUGAUGACUCAGCAUCACUCAAUGAGGGAACAGUAACCCCUGCCCCCAAUUUUAGUCCCAGCGGUGAUGCCGGAAUCUUGGAUAAGGCCAUCAAGACCAAAGGUGUGGAUGAAAACACCAUCAUUGACGUGCUGGUCAAGAGGAGCAAUGAGCAGAGACAGCAGAUCAAAGAGGCCUAUCACAAGGCCAGCGGAAAGCCUCUGGAGUCCGCGCUAAAGUCUGCCCUGAAGGGAGAACUGGAGGACGUGGUGUUGGCUCUGCUAAAAACACCGGCUCAGUAUGAUGCCCAACAGUUAAAGCUGGCCAUGAAGGGCCUGGGUACAGAUGAGGACACCCUGAUCGAGAUUCUGGCUUCUCGCACUAACAGGGAGAUCCUCGCAAUAAAGAAAGCCUACAAGGAAGAAAACAAGAAGGAGCUGGAAGACGACAUCAAAUCUGACACAAGUGGAGACUUCAGGAAUGCUCUUCAUGCACUCUGCAAGGCCGGCAGGACAGACGGAGUGAAUGAUGAACUUGCAGACAGCGAUGCCAGGGCUCUGUAUGAGGCAGGAGAGCAGAGGAAGGGGACAGAUAGCUCCGUCUUCAUAGACAUCCUCACUACCAGGAGCGCCCCUCAUCUCCGCAAAGUGUUUGAGCGGUACUCCAAGUACAGUAAAGUUGAUGUGUCCAAAGCCAUCGACCUGGAGAUGAAGGGCGAUAUAGAAAGCUGUCUCACUGCAAUAGUGAAAUGUAUGGGGAGCAGACCCGCAUUCUUUGCUGAGAAGCUCCACCUUGCCAUGAAGGGAAAAGGAACCCGUACUAAAAUUCUGACCCGUGUCAUGGUAAGCCGUUCUGAGGUGGACAUGAAACGGAUCAAACAGGAGUACAAAAAGAAGUACGGCAAAACACUCACCCAGGACAUUCUGGACGACACCAAAGGAGACUACGAGAAAAUCCUCCUUGCCUUGUGUGGUGGUGAGAACUAAAACACAAUUCAGGAUCCUGGUUCACACAACUGAAGAUGUGUUGCUUUGCACACCUGUGGAGAAUUUUCUUUAAUCUCUUCAGGCAUAGGCCUUGAUGCCCUGUGCUCAUAUGGACAACUGUCAUAACAAGUCACUCUUUAUUAUUGUCCCAACAUUAAACACCUGAAAAUAGCAAUGUGUAAAGAUAAACCAGGAAAAUGUUAAUGUUUCACCAGCCCUUCUCAUUCCAAACAAGUUAUACCCUGUUACACACAAUACUCUAUCUGUGCAAAAAGCUAAGAGCAGUUUGGCUGUAGACCCAUGUUCUGAAGUAUUAGCCAUCAGCACCUUUCAUACCUAACCUGCACUCACGUUAAGGGGUUGGUCUUUGAAAAGUACCCUGGAUCAGUGCUUGUGAUCACAGGGCAGUUCUGGUGCAAUAAGUUGAUACUAGACCCUAUAUGAGCUCAUAUGUGUCAAAUAUAUCCAGCAGCAGUAGUACUUUCAAAAGGUGUUGGAGAUUCUGCAAAUAAAAGCUUUUUCUAUGUAGGCCUA